CAAAUAAAUCGCCUGAGCCAUUCCAACAACAACAAAGAAGAAAGACCAAAUCAAACGAAUUAUUACCAUUAUUGUUAAUGUUGGAAACCCAAUUAUGAAAUCCACAGCAGGACGACAUAGAAAACCUUUAAAACUAUUGCACUGUAACAUUCCCUUCCAUUUCCUUCGGUCUCAACGUAGAAGCAAAAUUUGAGCAGACUAUUCCCUUCUUUUGAUCGACAAUGGCGGAUGGCGGAGUGGUGGUCUUGGAUGGAUCUCAUAUUAGGAAUGCCCUGCCAAAUCUUCAGCAAAGACUAGAAGGCCGUCAUCUCGACGGACAAAUUUCUGGAUCUGCAUUUUUGGCAUUGGCUGAGUCGGAGGCUUCUUCAAUUUUGUUUGAUCUCGCCUUGCCAGAAAAUCUCAAAACCCUCGUCUUGAAUAGAUUGCAACUGACGGAUAAUAUUGAGUCUCUGCAAUUUGAUAGCCGUACUGUGUUGCCCAAGCUGCAGGAGUAUCUGCUUGCUCUCGCCGACGAACUCAAAGAUGACCCAUUGGUCGUGUCUAUUUUGGAUGGGAGUGUUAUACGGCUGUUUCUUGAGGAUGAAGAUGAUUUUGCAAUGUUAGCAGAAAAUUUGUUUACAGAUUUAGAUACAGAUGAUAGUGGCAAGCUUAGCAGAAAUGAGCUUCGGGCUGCCCUUGUUCAAAUGGGAGUUGAGAUGGGUGUUCCUCCAUUAUCAGUUAAGCCUGAAGCUGAUGCAUUGCUUACAAACAUUUUAAAGAAGCACGGGGCAGAAGGGAAUCAAGAAUUAGGACAAGCUCAGUUUGCCCAACUACUUCAGGGUAUCUUACAAGAUAUCGCUGACUCUCUGGCGUCCAAGCCGAUUGUCAUCAUCCAGGAAAUUAAAAUCAUAAAUGGCUCCCAAUUGAGAAAGUUUCUGGCAGAUGAUAAACUUUUACAAGAAGUCACACACCUAUUCGAGGAGUUGGAUGUGAACAAAGAUGGUAAAGUGAGUAAAGCAGAACUACGCCCAUUGUUUGAGAGCAAAGGUUCUGAAUGGGGUCUGCCUCCGCCGGAAGCCAAUGACACAGUUGUUUUGCUUUAUGAUCAAGUCUUUGCAAGUGUUGAUCAAGACCACAGUGGCCAGCUGGAGAGGAAUGAGUUUGAAGUUCUAAUAAAGGGUAUACUUGAAACCUUUGCUGAGCAACUUGCAGCAAAUCCCAUAUUUCAUGAUCUGGAAGGUGCUGACUAGAAGUUUCUUGUCAUAAUUUGAGAUUUUUCCCUUUUAGUCUGAUAUUUUUGUUGUCAUUAUACAUUAACGUUAGAUUCAACUUGAAUGCUUUCCUAGGAAAGUUUAACAGAGUACCAUUUACUGGUCCCACUUUUAUGACUCUGGUUGGGCAAAAUUAUUAGAAUUUAGAACAUUGUCAUGUUAGCUACCUCAUUUUUUUGGAAACUAAACACGUGAAUGUCAACAGAUUUUUGAAUUUAACAUACACUGGGCAAAUGUCAAAUAUUUAGCUA